UCUUCCAUCACCUCUGCUUUCAUGUCGUCUUUACCCUUACCAAGGAGCUUAAUCUGGGUGUCAUAAAGUGAGGCACAAAGCGCGCCUGUGAAAUCGGUCCUUAUCCCGAGCUCCACAGUACAGGUGGACGAAAGGGGCUGCCUGCCAAAUACUUCUGGUUGGAGGGAGGGGUGGGAGUGCUUUCUCAAACCACUCCUGGAAUGGCUAAACUCGCCCAGCGCGAAUCAAUGACAACCUCCCGCCGGCUGCAGCAGGCUCCCUGAGCUGCGCUGCCGCGUGGAUUCCCAGCCCGGGACCCUGGCGGCGCUCAGGACACGGGCACGACCGCGGCGUCCCCGGGGCGGCCAGGGCUCUGGCUGAGACCAUGGCCAAUGGCAUUGACGAGCUCAUCGGCAUUCCCUUCCCCAACCACAGCAGCGAGGUCCUGUGCAGCCUGAACGAGCAGCGACAUGACGGCCUGCUCUGCGACGUGCUCCUGGUGGUGCAGGAGCAGGAGUACCGCACCCACCGCUCUGUCCUGGCAGCCUGCAGCAAGUACUUUAAGAAGCUCUUCACAGCCGGCACCCUAGCCAGCCAGCCCUACGUCUACGAGAUCGACUUUGUCCAGCCCGAGGCCCUGGCCGCCAUCCUGGAGUUCGCCUACACCUCCACGCUCACCAUCACUGCUUCCAACGUCAAGCACAUCCUCCACGCGGCCAGGCUGCUGGAGAUCCCGUGCAUCGUGAACGUGUGCCUGGAGAUCAUGGAGCCUGGCGGGGAGGGGGGGGCGGAGGACGACAAGGAGGACGACGACGACGACGAGGAUGACGACGAUGAGGAGGAUGAGGAGGAGGAGGAGGAGGAAGAGGAUGAGGAGGAGGAGGAUGAUACAGAGGAUUUUGCAGAUCAAGAGAACUUGCCUGACCCCCAGGACAUCAACUGCCACCAAAGCCCUUCCAAGACGGACCAUCUCACAGAGAAGGCCUAUUCAGACACCCCCAGGGACUUCCCGGACUCCUUCCAGGCCAGCAGCCCUGGCCAUCUGGGCGUGAUCCGGGACUUCUCCAUUGAAUCUCUGCUGAGGGAGAACCUGUACCCCAAAGCCAACAUCCCCGACAGGAGACCCUCCUUAUCUCCAUUCACCCCGGACUUCUUCCCACACCUCUGGCCAGGGGACUUUGGUGCCUUUGCCCAGCUGCCGGAGCAGCCCAUGGACAGUGGGCCACUGGACCUGGUCAUCAAGAAUCGGAAGAUCAAGGAAGAGGAUAAGGAGGAGCUUCCCCCACCCCCGCCACCGCCCUUCCCGAAUGACUUCUUCAAGGACAUGUUCCCAGACCUUCCUGGGGGGCCGCUGGGCUCCAUCAAGGCGGAAAAUGACUAUGGUGCCUAUCUCAACUUCCUGAGUGCCACCCACCUGGGGGGUCUCUUCCCUCCCUGGCCGCUGGUGGAGGAGCGCAAGCUGAAGCCCAAGGCCUCUCAGCAGUGCCCCAUCUGCCACAAAGUCAUCAUGGGGGCCGGGAAGCUGCCGCGGCACAUGCGGACCCACACCGGGGAGAAGCCAUACAUGUGCAACAUCUGCGAGGUCCGCUUCACCAGGCAGGACAAGCUGAAGAUCCACAUGCGGAAGCACACAGGGGAGCGGCCCUACCUGUGCAUCCAUUGCAACGCCAAGUUCGUGCACAACUACGACCUCAAGAAUCACAUGCGCAUCCACACCGGCGUGCGACCCUACCAGUGCGAGUUCUGCUACAAGAGCUUCACGCGCUCGGAUCACCUGCACCGCCACAUCAAGCGCCAGAGCUGCCGCAUGGCGCGGCCGCGACGAGGCCGCAAGCCCGCUGCCUGGAGGGCCGCCAGCCUGCUCUUCGGGCCCGGGGGCCCGGCCCCUGACAAGGCGGCCUUCGUGGUGCCCCCGGCGCUCGGGGAGGUGGGCAGCCACCUGGGCGGGGCCGCCGUGUGCCUCCCGGGCCCCAGCCCCACCAAGCACUUCCUGGCGGCCCCCAAGGGCGCGCUGAGCCUGCAGGAGCUCGAGCGGCAGUUCGAGGAGACGCAGAUGAAGCUGUUCGGGCGCGCGCAGCUGGAGGCCGAGAGGAACGCGGGGGGCCUCCUGGCCUUCGCGCUGGCCGAGAACGUGGCCGCCGCGAGGCCCUACUUCCCGCUGCCCGACCCGUGGGCCGCGGGCCUGGCGGGCCUCCCCGGGCUCGCCGGCCUCAGUCACGUGGCCUCCAUGUCCGAAGCCAACAACUAGGCUGGUCCUCGUCCGCCCCGGUCCGGCUGCCCGGCCCCAUCCAGUGGAUCUGAACUGAUUUCCAAACCACAAAGAAAAAAAUGAAAAAAAUAUAUACCCGCAGCAAUGGUCUUUUCCAGGCCUCCUGAGGCAGCUGCCCCCAUUGCUGUGUCUGACACGGGCGUCUCCUGGCGGCUGGGCCACCUCUCCCUGUCCCUCUGUCGCACAGGAACUCGCAGGGUCCCACGCCCGGGAGGAGGCCUCACGGGUGCCCUGGAGCACUUGGGAGCUGCGCACUGUGGGCAGGUGGCCAGGCCAGAGGCAGACCGGAUGGAGCAGGGAGGAGGGCAGGGGCCUGGGGCACCACCCUCCUACUGCCCUAUGGCAAAGUCCCUGCUGACGCCGUUCUGAUGGGUCAUUUUUCCAGUCUCCCGAGGUCCUGGGAUCCUAUGGGAAAUGCCGUAUUGGCAGAAGGGCCUCCUGGAGUCCAGGCCCAUUUUUCCCUAACUGCCCUGUGACCUUGAACAGGUCAGCUUUCUGUACCCCAGCUCCACCCUACUAUGAAGGAGGGCUGGUCAUUUAGCUGUCCCUCCCCCACCCACCCACAUGUACAUGCCUGAACCUCUAAAAACAACCCUUGUGAGGUAGCAGCUGUGCACUCCUGAGGUCGCUGAUGAAAGUGGCCAUGUUACGAGAUUUAGUCUUAUCACACCCACCUCUGUAUUACCACAGGUGAGACUUGUGGCCACACAGACACCGGUGACAGAGAGCUGGGGUGGGGAUUGUCCACAGCCCACAGGCAGCUUUGGGGAGCUGUUCUCUGGGCCAGCCAUGAGGCAUGCGGGUGUCUAUCCCCCCUCCACACACCCUCCAAAGCUGUAGGGAGUCUCUUGGGACUCCUGAGGCCAACAAAGAAGGGAUGGAGACCAUGUCUUAACACCUGUCAACUGCCUGCCUCUAGUUUGAUCCCUGGAAAUAGACAAAGCUCCUGGUUCCCCAGGUUUAUCUGUUUGCUUUGCAAGUUGUGGGUUUGUCUUUGCUGCAUUUGAACACCCUCGAGCCCUCCCUCGGGGAAUGGAGCUGGGGUGUGUGGCUGCCCUCAGGGCGGGGAGGCUGAGCCUUGGCUCCGGCAUGGGUUUGAAGGGCUCUAUGAGUUGGGGCCAUCCACACACUCUCCCUGGCUCUCGAGUUUGUAGCAGGUCCUGAGAAGGAAGACAGCUCUGCUGGCCCAGUGCCUUCCUGAUCCUCGUUCCUCUUUCCUGCCUCCCCUCCCUUUUCUUGCUGAGUUUGCUCGUUUCUCGGUAGCCAGGAAAGGAGGAGAGCUCAUCUGCACGGAUUGCUCAGGCUGGUGUCCCGGGUCCCAGAGCUGUGGGCCUCAGAGACUUCGCUCUUCCUCUCGCCUUGGCUUCUUUCUGAGCAAACACAAAAAACAAAAAGGCCAGAGAAGACCACAGACUCUGUCACUCCCUCAGCUCCCAGAAGAGACCCCUGACGCCACACACUAUCAGAUGCCAUGACACCCAGAGGGAACUGCUUCGCACACCCUCUUAUCUUCAGAUGUCACCUUCGGCAGCCAGCCACCUCUUAGAUUCCUGUCUCCAUUCCAGACACUUGCCAAUAUGCCCAUGUCCCCCCUUCAGCCAAAGGAUUGGGGCUGACCCAAACUUUAAAAGAAAACAAGGAAAAAUGAACAAAUGGAAAUCCAGUGGUAUUGGGGCUUUUGUUUUUAUUUUGUAAAGGUAAUGACUUCUUAUAAACUCAAUUUUUCAGAUGACUGGUUAGUUCUCUUUGUUUUCUCUUGGCUGCAGUUUGGAGUUGUACAUUGUAAAAAUAU